AUGACAACCGAUCGAGCAAAAGAGAUCGAUGCUUUGGUUGACUCACCAGCUUCCGAGGAUCACGAUGAAGGGAAAGAGCAGCAGCAUGUUGGAAUCGUGAAUGAUGUUCUGACGAAUUCGUCUACGGAGCCUAACAUUUCUGCUGGCGAUCAACUCUCUCCUGCAAAGCUUGAAGAAUUAGAGAACGGAGGUAUCGGAUGCAAUGCCUUGGAUGAGGGGCCCGUGGAAGGAACCACAGCUGGUAGGAAGCGCAAGACAAUGGAUGAGUACGAAUCUAUGGACUAUACCAUGAGUUAUACUCCCUUUAAGUCCGAUGAAUCUGAGCAAAAUCAAGCAGGAACAUCUCGGAUUACUCCACAGUCAGUUUUCAUGUGCUCUCGAGAUGACAACGUGUGGAUCGGCUUGAAACCUCGUGAUCCCCGUCGUGUUCUGUUCAAGAAUGUGAUCGUUGCACCUGAACAAAACAAAGUAGAUGGUGUCAUCGCUGCAAGAGAACCACUUCUUCCCCUUGUCACUUGUAGCUCAUCAAUUCCUCACGGUAGCAGAAUCCAAGCAAGUGGGGAAGGUGCUUCAGAAUUACCCAAGCUUUGUGGUGGUAUAGAUCAUCUACUCGUCGGGUGUAAUGAUCAACAGAGAGCAGCUAUACAUAGGGAGAUAGCAAGAAGGAUCAUGGAACAUAUCAGACUGUUAGCCGCUAGGAAGCUCUCUCUCGUGCUUGAUUUGGACCACACUCUCCUUAAUUCAACGACGUUUGUAGAUGUCAAUCCAGUUCACGAAAAUACAUUGAGGAGCAACGAAGAGCGAGACAGGAAGCUGCCGCAACGCCAUCUUUUCCGCCUCCAACAUCUGGGAUUGUGGAUUAAAUUUAGACCGGGCAUCUGGAAUUUUCUGUGCAAGGCUAGCAAGCUUUACGAGUUGCAUGUAUGCACCAAGGGAAGCAUGGCGUAUGCUGCUGAGAUGGCAAAGCUGCUUGACCCAACAGGAUCUUUGUUCUCCGGGCGCGUCAUCUCAAGGGGAGACGAUGAUGGUGAUGCAUCACCAUCUGACGUUGUCGAAAGGGCUUCCAAACACAAAGAUCUAUCUGGGGUUUCAGGACUGGAAUCCGCUGUUGUGAUUAUCGAUGAUACUCCGGGAAUGUGGCCGCGUCACCAACCCAACUUGAUUGUUGUAGAGAGAUACCAUUUCUUCCCCAGCAGUAAGCGCAGGUUUGGACUUCCCGGGCCUUCUCUUCUGGAUAUCCAUCGUGACGAGAGUUCAAAAGAUGGGACUCUUGCUAAUGCAUUGGCGGUGAUCGAACGAAUUCACGACAGCUUCUUCUCGCAUCACUCCAUACAAGAGGCCGAUGUUAGAAGUCUGCUUGAAGCAGAGCAACGUAAGGUUCUAAGUGGUUGUCGCAUAGUUUUCAGCCGGGUUUUCCCGGUGGGCGAAGCCAAUCCGCAACAACACCCCCUCUGGAAGAAAGCACAACAGUUCGGUGCUGUCUGCACCGACCAGAUCGAUGAACACGUCACUCAUGUCAUCGCCACUGCUCUUGGGACAGUCAAGGUGCAGCGGGCGCUAUCUACCGGAAAAUUCGUCGUUCAUCCUGGCUGGAUAGAAGCUUCGACUCUUCUGUAUCGGCGGGCCAACGAGCACAACUUUGCAUUGGGAACAAAGGCACCUUCAGCUCAUCCUACCAAAUCUUGA